AGCGAGGGAAAAGCCCUUCUUGCUUUGAUCUUGUCACUAAGUAUUUAUAAAACACUGAGAUGGAUAAAACGUGCCCCUGCCCCAGCGAACGCACGCACCGCGUGUCUGGGAAGAGCGUGGAACCGACGGUGUGACCAGCUUCCAAUCGGGGCCCACUCAGUGCGCGCUGGGAGCUGGGAGCUGCACAGGAGGGGGCGCUGUGCUCUGCCGGGGGCUUGCAGAAGGUCUCCUGCAGGAACCAAGUUUUUUAGAUCAGCUGGGGCGGGGGAGGGAAAGAAAGGAACGAGCAUUUCGGGAUCGGGACAACCACACGUAUUUGACAAGAUCAGAGCUGCAGGAGGAUGGACAGUGAAGUACAGAGAGAUGGAAGGAUCUUGGAUUUGAUUGACGAUGCUUGGCGAGAAGAUAAGCUGCCCUACGAGGAUGUGGCAAUACCACUGAAUGAGCUUCCUGAACCUGAGCAGGACAACGGUGGCACCACAGAAUCUGUUAAAGAACAAGAGAUGAAGUGGACCGACUUGGCCUUACAGUACCUGCACGAGAACGUCCCCCCCGUAGGAAACUGACACCUGGCUCCCUUCUCAUGGACAAAAAUUUUUUUUUAAUACAGAGAUACAGAAUGUUUUCUUUCAGUCUCCUAAUGGAAAUCUUUUAGUGAUCUAACACUCAAAAAUGUACACCCACUUAAUUUGUGGCAGCAAAGUGCAAUACCAGAAUGGGAAAUUGGUUGAGAUUUCUCAGGAAUGCAGAAUAUUUGGCUCUUUGAACCUAAAGUUCUUCAUUUGCUAGCUUGUGUUUAAACAUGUUUGGUUAAACAUUUGCCUUUAAUUUUGCUUUACUGUCCGAGUUGAACACUUCCCAUCUGCUUGUGUGUGUCCUGUGACAGGUGCUUGAAGAUAUGAGAGGAAAAGGCUAAGGGAGGGAGCCAGGCUAAGACGAAUGACUAACUUCCCAUGUACCCCACUUGGAGACGCAGUCUGGGGGGGUGUGGAGAUGUAUUAGCCAUUCAGAAGCCCAUUCACUGACUGCUGGGAUGCCUGAGAUUCCCCAUGAUGUUUUCAUACUUUGGAUACUUUUAUAAAUUAAACAGAAUCUGACAUUUCCUCUGCUCUCCCCACCACUUUUGAUGCUUCUGGAAAGGAUCUUCAGCUAGAGGAACCACUAGUUUUAUCUAGUAAUGGGAUUGACUUUCUCAGAGCCCUUUGAGAUAACCAGAACACCAUGGAGCCCGUAUUUAGUUAUAAAUUGUAUGAGAGCUUGUACUUUCCAGAACACUUACAUUAUCUCCUUGGAAUUAUUUGCCUCCGUUAA